AUGUCGGCGUCGAAGAUUCGCAGAGUGUUGGAUUGCAUCCGCGGGAAGAGCUACGAGGAGUGCUUGAUCAUGCUCGAGUUCAUGCCGUACCGAUCGUGCGAACCGAUCCUCAACGCGCUCUUCUCGUGCGCGGCCAACGCGAAGAACAACAUGGGGAUGAACAAGGCGAAGCUCUACGUCUCGGAGUGCUACGCCGACGGAUCGGCGACGAUGAAGCGUUUCACGCCGCGUUCGCAAGGUCGUCCGUUCUCUAUCCGUAAGCGCACGGCGAGCAUCACGCUCAAGAUGGCCGAGCGCGAGGAUUAA